UUUGUAAGAAGCACUUAAUUUCUGCACCACUUUCAGUUGCGUCCUUCCCCUGUCUUAGGUCUCGUUCAGCCGCACAAGGAGAGUUGAUCUGCCACGUCAGACUGUUAUUCCGAUGGCGGCCCUCGCGUCCUCCGCGUCCCUUCGCCUCGCGGCAGCGCCGCUCGCGGGGAAGACCCAGGCGCGCCUCAGCUCGGCGCAAAGCGAGCUCGCGGGACUUUCGCAAGGCUUCGCGAACCUGUCGGUUUCGCGAACUCCCGCACAGCCCGCUGUUAGCCGCGUCGUCACCCCAGUCGCAAAGCGGGUGUGCGACCUGACGGGCAAGAGGCGCAACAACGGGUACUCGGUGUCCUUCUCGAACCACCGCACGAAGAAGGUGCAGCAGCCCAACCUGCAGUACAAGCGCGUGUGGUGGGAGGAGGGGCAGCGGUACGUGCGCCUCAAGCUCAGCACCAAGGCCAUCAAGACGCUUGAGUGGAAGGGGCUCGAUAAGAUGGCGAAGGAGGCCGGCAUUGACCUUAGCAAGUUCUGAAGAGUUGGAGAUAGUGCACAUUUCUUUUGUAUGCUUAAAUGCAAUUAAUGUGGUACGUUUAUACAUAUCAAAACACUGUAUAAAUCCCCCCUGCAAGCGCGCGUGUGGUGGGAGGGUUUCACGCGUGCAGCUCGGCGCGCAAGGCGUUCAAGCACCCGGCUUCGUGGCAAAUAAGGAGCCUCGCAUAUAUUUUACAUGGUUGCAGUUCUACAGUGAAACG